AUGGCUGGAGUGGCAAACAGACUGAGCAGUGCAUCUGCAAGAGGAGAUUUAGCAGAAGUUGAGAUGUUAUUAAUGAACGGAGCAGAUGUUAAUGAAAACAAUGCAUUCGGCAGGACACCGUUACAGGUUGGUUAUGCAUUUUAUUUUAUAAACAUGUAAAUCUAUAAAUUCAUGAUUCAGUCUAUUUGAUCGCUAUGAACUUAAACCACCACAUCUUAGCAUAUGUGUGUAUUAGUAUAGCCUAAUGUAAAAUAGAAUGAACUGUGUGCUUUAUUGACAAAUAAAGUGUUAAAAGUAUCCAGUGGGUACAAUUCUGUAACUUGGACUUAUAAGUAUACUUGAUCCAAAUGAUUUUCAACGAAUAGCCUAAUAAAGCAUAAAGAGUAUAUGCUGUGUUAGGUGUCAUAUUUUUAUUUGUAUGAUUUAUGGAGAGUGCAGCAAAGUGACUUGUAGGCCUUAAUUUAGUAGCAAUAUGUGAACCCAAUGUAGACUAGAGUAAUGAUGUAGACCUAUCUAUGAUUUACCAGAGACGUGAAUAAUCGCUAAAUACAUAAUACAAAACUGUAAUUGAAAUGCAUUAUUUAUUUGUUGUUGUUGAAUAUAUUCAUAUUUUUUACAUUCUGUAGACUAAAAAGUUUAGCAGGUUUAUAUAUCUUGAUGAGGGUGGUAAAUCACAUGGGUUCAAACACUAUAAAGAAAUAUCAUUGCUCAAUAGUGAUAAUUACAGAAGAUAAUAUAGUCAAGACCCUGAUGCUUGACCUCAUGCGCUACUCUUUGGGCAAGCAUGUACACUCAAACACAUAGGCCUAUGAAACAUGUAAUUGGUUUCAACAAGACUAUUUCUCAAAUUGUAGGCUUAUAGAUAAAACACUAAUUUGCUGUUUCUUCGUGUCAUGAUACAUUUAUGGUGGUUGAUAACUUGGUUGGUUGGUUAGGCUAUGUUUAUACCUCCUUGGCCGAUACCUCUGAAUAACUGCCUUGGAUCACAUGGGGAAUCUCACAGUGCAAAGUUUGCUUUAGUAAUAUAACUACAGUUUAUUGUUUUGUCAAAUUACACAGUCAAACUCAUAUGAAAAGCUAGCAAAUUGCAGAUUGUGAAAGAUGGUUGAUUUGGACAGUUCAUGACCAUGCUGGAUAGAUGUUCAGAUAGGCUGAUCUCUUAUCAUGUUAUUGGUCCCAGGGCACAGAUGAAAAGGCUGAAAGGGGUUCUUUGACCGAACCACACGUUUUUAAAAGAUUUAGGCCAAGUUGCAUUUAGCCUGUUGAAUGUGUAAUUCCAAUUUAGGCCUAUGCUCAAAUUCAAAGUGCUCCAUAAGAUUUACAUUUGUUCAUUAAAAAAAACGAUAUAAGUAUGACAUGUAGGCUAACGCACAAAACCGUAAUAUGCUAUUAGUGUCACCCUUUCUCUUCCAAAUGAAAAAUAUAUGUUAUGACUACUAUUUCUAUAUACCUAAUAAUGAUGACGAACUAAGGCUCUAUGAUUUAUUAGAAGGUAAUAGGUUUACAUAAUUUAGGUAAAAGACAAAUUAAAAAAGGUUCAGAAAAUGAAUAAAUAAUCAAUUGUUUUGUGGUUUAGAUUAGUUUUUGAUCGUUCCUUUUGAAAACAACAGGUGUAAAUCUAGACCUGUCUCUCUUUGUAACAUAGCCCUAAAGGAUUCCUAUUAUCCAUUAAAACAGUAUACUUCUUACAGCCUACAUGUUCUGUUUUUGCAUAUACUAUACUUAUUUAUGUCGAAGUAUUCUGCUCUCUACCCCCUCUCAUAUUCUAUUAUCUAUGUUUUCCUUUUUUUUCUUUCUUUCUUUCUUUUUUACAGGUGAUGAAACUUGGUAACCCCGCCAUCGCGGAAGCGCUGCUGAGGGCGAACGCAAAUCCAAACGUGCGCGACCAUGUCAGAGGUCUCACCAUCACUCAUGACGCUGCAAGGGAUGGAUAUGCAGACACCCUACGCAUACUGAUGGUUCAUGGCGCAGACGUCAAUCUCCUGGACAAUGAUGGCAAUCUUCCAUUGCAUCUAGCCGCAAGGGAAGGCUAUCUUGAUGUGGUCCAGCUCCUUGUUGGUUCUACGACGGACGCCACAAGGUGCAACUCCAAAGGCCACACACCUUAUGAUUUGGCGACUACGAACCAUAGAGUAUCCAUUGCGCAAUACAUUCAGGCGCACACUAAUUAA